ACGAGCGGAAGUAAAUAGUCGCCAUGGCAUGGUUAGCUGGCAGCAGGGAAGCAAGUAGCAAGUAAAUCGUGGAUGCUCCUCAAGUUGAACGGAUAAUAACAUUUACAACCUGGAGUUCGUUGGUUGGACGUGGAGAAAUAACAGAUUCGCUCCGUCUGCAUUUGCACAAUAAAUACAUUACGAGAGUUGAGGAAUCGUGCAGCACGUUUGGGGCCUGGACAGACGUGUGCUAACGUAGCUAACCCGGGUAAACGCGGCUGUUGAGCUCACGUCGCUUUUGGCUACCGUAGCCCGGCUAAAGACCUGUGCUAGUGUGGCUAGUUUCAUCAGCUAAUCCUCUGCUACCCCUUUGAACAGAUAAGUACCGUCACUCCAGCUAACUCUGGCCGUGGUGGAGGGAAAGUUGGGCUGGAUCUAAAAUGAUCAUUGAAAACCUUGAUGCCUUGAGAACAUGGCUGUCUGAUACCCUUGAGCCAAUUUGUGAUGCAGACCCUUCUGCCCUAGCCAAGUAUGUUGUUGCUUUGGUGAAGAAGGAUAAAAGUGAAAAGGAACUUAAAGCCCUGUGUAUAGACCAAUUGGAUGUAUUUCUUCAGAAAGAGACCCAGCAAUUUGUGGACAAGCUGUUUGAAGCCAUUAACAACAAAAACUACCUCCCGCCGCCAGAGCAUCCAUCGUCUUUGGUCAAAAUUGAGAAAGAUGAGCAGAAGAAGGAUGAGACGAAUCGGGAAGAAGAGCGAGAGAAGAAGUUUUCACGGCGAGUGAAUCACAGCCCUCCCCAAACAAGCUCUCGCUACAGCAGAGAUGGCAGGCGAGGAGAUGAUCGGAAGAGAGACGAUCGCCUCAGGAAGAGGGAUUAUGACCGCAACCCACCAAGGAGGGACUCGUACCGCGAUCGCUACAAUCGGAGAAGAGGCCGCAGUCGCAGUUACAGCCGGAGCCGGAGCCGAAGUUGGAGCAAGGAUCGCAUCCGUGACCGCGAGAGAGAGAGGGACAGGGAUAGAGACAGGGACAGAGAUAGGGAUAGAGAUCGCAGCAGGAGCCGGUCACACAGCAGAACACGGUCUAGAAGCAGGAGUAGAGAGCGAGAUUCUGGGAAGUUGAAGUAUGAUCAUGAGCACAGGCCAGAGAGUGGUGAUGGCUACACCCCAGCAGUCCUGGUCUCCACUGCCACCACGUCACACUUCCCUGUGCCAACACUGAGCAGCACCAUUACAGUCAUCGCCCCCACACAUCAUCAUAGUAACAACACCACUGAGAGUUGGUCAGACUUCCGCCCUGACCACCCUGUGGACCGUGGCCCUUUUAUUAGGGGUCCACCCCCCCAACAGAGGAAGCGAUGCCGUGACUAUGAUGAAAAAGGCUUCUGCAUGAGAGGGGACAUGUGUCCUUUUGACCAUGGAAGUGACCCAGUUGUUGUAGAGGAUGUCAAUUUGCCCAAUAUGCUGCCCUUUCAACCUCCACCAAUCCCAGGCGUGGAAUCACAACCUCCCCCAGGACUCCCACCACCACCACCUCUGAUGAACCCCCCACCUGUGAACCUGCGGCCCCCUGUGCCCCCUCCAGUCGCCCUCCCACCCAGCCUUCCACCUGUUGCAGGUCCCCCUCCUCCGCUUCCUCCGCUGCAACCGUCAGGCAUGGAUGCUCCUCCCAAUUCUAUCACCAGCUCUGUUCCCACCAUUGUCACCUCUGGGAUGCGCUCCUCACUUCCCCAGGCCUCAGUGCCGCUUUUCACCCCCGGUAAUUCUUACAACUAUGACACCGAUGUAUACAAUCCUGAGGCUCCCAGCAUCACCAAUACCUCUAGGCCGGUCUACCGCCACCGGGUCAAUGCCCAGAGACCCAACCUGAUUGGCCUCACAAUGGGGGAGGUGGACCAGCCACAGAGAGACAAGAUUCCAAAUAACAGUAUGAGGAUUGUUAUGGAGUCAGAUUCAAGGAAGAGACCACCUGUCUCCCACGAUGGAGGCCUCCCCAAGAAACCUUGGUUUGACAAACCCAACUUUAACAAACCCAACCACCAGGGCUACCACAAAAGAGCCCCAUUCUUUCCUAACACCAAGUUGCUGGUUCGGCAAAUUCCCCCCGAGCUCAACAACAUCAGCAAACUCAAUGAACAUUUCAGCAAGUUUGGCACCAUCGUCAACCUACAGGUGGCUUACCAGAAUGACCCAGAGGGGGCACUAAUCCAGUUUGCCUCUCCAGAUGAGGCCAAGCGGGCUAUGCAAAGCACAGAGGCUGUUCUCAACAACCGCUUUAUCAGGGUGCACUGGUUUCGUGACGAUGGAAGCGAUGGGCAGGGCCAGGGCCAUGGCCAGUCUCACUCACAGCAGCAACCUCAGACACAGCCAGCCAUGCAGCCCUCAGCCACAUGUCUGAAGCAGUCUGUCAAAGAUCGCCUCGGACCCCUGCUCACUGCGAACUCUGAGCCCUCCCAGGAUUCCAACAUAGCCUCUCAGAAUCCUUCUAAAGUGUCUGUGAAGGACCGUUUGGGUUUCUCUGCCAAACCAGCAGCUCCUGUUGAAAAAGUGUUUUCGACGUCCAUGGGCCUCACAAAGACCGUAUACAAUCCUGCUGCUUUGAAGGCAGCCCAGAAAAACUCAGAGGAAGCCCUGAAGAAGAAGCAGGAAGCUCUAAGACUACAGCAGGAUGUAAGGAAGAAGAAGCAGGAAAUACUGGAGAAGCACAUUGAGACACAGAAGCUCCUGAUAUCCAAACUUGAGAAGAACAAAGCAAUGAAGGCAGAGGAUAAAGCCAAGAUCAUGGAAACUUUGGGCAUGUUAACCAAGAGCAUCACCAAACUGCAAGAGGAAAUAAAGGGAAUCUCGGGCAGCAACAACCCACUACGCGCAGCUAAGAGCAAGGCCCAGGCACAGAAGGAACUGCUGGAUGCAGAGCUGGACCUGUACAAGAAGGCUCAGGCCGGAGAGGACACCGCUAUGUUGAAGAUCAAAUAUACCCAGCUGCAAAUUGAGGCUGCUAAAAGGGGUCUCCUGUCACCGGGACGAGGCCGGGGCGUCCAUGCUCGGGGCCGUGCUGCUCUCAGGGCCCGGGGACGGGGCUCCAGAGGGCGGGGAAGAGGUGUGCCACUGCAUGCAGUUGUGGACCAUCGGCCGCGAGCGCUGGCGAUUUCUGGUUUUGCUGAGACAGACCGUGUAGACUUGCUGCCACACUUUGCUCAAUUUGGAGAGAUUGAAGAUUGCCAGAUUGAUGAAAACAACUUGACUGCUGUCAUCACUUACAAGACAAGGGUGGAGGCAGAACAGGCGGCUUUUCAUGGAGUGAAGUUCAACAACCAGACUUUACGCCUGGCCUGGCAUAAGGCUGUCACGACUCUCAGUAUUGCCGAUGCUGAUGAGGCAGAACCAGAGGAGGAUGAGUACCCGGAAGAGUCGCUGAGUGACGAUGCAUUGCUGCAGGAUGAUGAUGAGGAAGAGGAUGACAACGAGCCUCGCUCCUGGCGCAGAUGAAGAUCAGUCAGAUGCUCUUCCCCUGGUUGCACUGCUGUGGAAGAUGAGCAACAAUCCAGCAACUUUAUACGUUUUCAUUGCCUGUUUAUAAAUCAUCAAGGCACAUUUCACUUUGGCAAGACUUUUUUUUCCCCUCACAAAUGUGUAACUGGCAGAAGAACCAUGUGUGAAUUUGAUUCAUUUUAACAAUUUAACAAUUGUGACAUUUUUUUAAUGCUCUUAAUGUAGAAAUAGUUCUGUAUUCUUUUUUUUUUUGUUAUUUCGGUUCUCAAAACACAGUUUGUCUGGACAUGUGACAGCUAAUCACUUUUGUUGAACUGUCAGUUUAAGAAAACAAAACCUGUGUUGUAAUUUAACUGAAUGACAGACUAGCUUUUGCAGAAUAGUAUUAGGUUGACUGGUUUAAAUGCUUAUGUGUAAAUAUUUUAUGUCUGGGUUUAAAUGAUUUGUAUGAAAGCUUGGCUUCUCAGUUCUUGGCUUUACUUUGGAUUGUACAAAAAAUAAAGAAUUGAAAUGGUCUGAAAACAUCCUGCCAAAAACAAAAAAAA